AUGCGUUACGUCGCCGCUUACUUGUUGGCCGUCAUCGGUGGAAAUGCGCAGCCCAAAGAAGCCGAAAUCGAGAAGAUCCUGGGCUCAGUGGGUGUCAGUGUGGAAGCCGAGAAGCUCGGGCUCGUCAUGAAGGCCCUAUCGGGGAAGAAUGUCGAAGAAGUCAUCGCCGCCGGGAAGGAGAAGCUGGCUUCAGUGCCUGCUGGCGGCGCGGCGCCGGCAGCAGCAGCCGCCCCCGGUGCUGCACCUGGCGGAGGUGCCGCAGCAGCACCUGCUGCCAAGGAAGAGGAGAAGAAGAAGGAGGAAUCCGGCGGAGAGUCGGACGAAGACAUGGGCUUUGGUCUGUUUGACUAA